AUGUUCCGUAAAGGUGGCAAGACGACCGCAAUCAACAGCGGGGGGCGGAAGAAAAUGCACACGACCUUCGACGACGGGUCGGAGCUCGUGGAGGAGUACGACAUGACGACGGACGAGCUGCUGGUGCGCAAGUGGCGCAGGAAGACGCCGCUCGGGAAGCUGCAGAACUGGGAGUUCCUGGUGGGCGACGCGGAGCCCACCGCAGCAGCGGGGGGCGAACUGCGCGAGAGCUCGAGCGCGCCAACGUUCCACCGGCGCGACACGCGCGGAAUGUUCCAGUGGCGCAUCCGCAACCUGCCGUUCCCCGCUGAGGUCUACUCCGUGACGGUCGACGAGUCGGACCGCAAGAUCGUCGUCCGGACGUCGAACAAGAAGUACUACAAGCGUUUCGCGAUCCCGGACCUCGACUUGCUGCAACUGCCCCUCGAGCAGUCGCGAGUGCAGUGGGAGUGGGCCAACAGCACGCUGGUCAUCUCCUACGCCAAGCCCCGGGCGGUCGUGGACGCGGAGGACCAGGACCGGGCCGAGCGGGCCAAGAUGCGGGCGCAGGAGGACGGGGACGUGGACUGCAAGACGCAGUGA